AUGGCUGUCAUAGAUUUUCAAACUGCGCCAGGCGUGGAGUUCCUCGAAAACUAUUUGAGCAAGAAAAGUUACAUUGUCGGAUACGAACCGUCCACGGCCGACGUUGACACUUAUGCAGCGGUUAAAGCGCCCCAGGCCAACACUCCUAAUUUGCUCAGGUGGUACAACCACAUCAAGUCGUUCACCGACAAAGAGCGCACCCAGUUCCCAAAAAAGAAAUCUGACUUUUCAUCGGCUCCGGCUAGUGCACCAAAGCCUACAGAUGACGAUGAUGAUGUAGAUCUGUUCGGUUCUGACGAUGAAGACGAUGAAGAAAAAGAACGUAUCAAACAAGAAAGAGUAAAGGCUUACGCUGAGAAGAAAGCCACCAAAAAAGUAAUUAUCGCCAAGAGUAGCAUUGUACUCGAUGUGAAACCGUGGGAUGAUGAAACCGAUAUGAAACAAUUAGAAACACAGGUCCGAACCAUUGCCAUGGAUGGUUUAGUGUGGGGUGCUUCUAAAUUAGUUGAGAUUGCUUUUGGUAUCAAGAAACUCCAAAUUAUGUGCAUUGUAGAAGACGAUAAAGUAUCUGUCGAUGCUCUUACCGAGACCAUUCAAGAGUUUGAAGAUUUUGUUCAAUCUGUGGACAUUGCUGCAUUCAACAAAAUUUAA